AUGCGCUUACGUCACGCAGGUAUUUUCUCUGACGUAGUCUUAGUGCUGAGGCUGAAGCUGAGGAUAUACUUAACAGAAACGAGUUUACAGACUUUUGCAGCCUCUUUUUAUGGGAAUGGAUUUGUGCAGCUGAAAACCACGGAGUCGUCCAGUAGAAACUCUCUCUACGUGCGAUUCCGGACCUCCAGCACAGACGGGCUGCUCUUCCUGGCUGCAGGGGAGACAGAUUAUCUCUGGGUGGCUCUACAGGCAGGACGAAUUCAGGUGCAGAUUGAACUUGGAUCUGGGGAACACACCCUUCGUUCAGAGAAAGAGUCUCUCCUGAAUGACCUUACCUGGCACUCCAUAGAUCUCCAACACAAUGACCACAAUGUCACUUUGACUGUCGACAGAAGCUCACAGAGCAGUCUGAGGAUGCCCGGGCCUGACCUCGAGCUCAGCGUUCGGGACGGACUGUAUGUCGGCGGUCUUGAGAAUUCGCAUAAGCUCUACCUUUUCAAUGAUAUAUCUCACAUGGGCUUCCGCGGCUGUUUGGAUGAAGUGCUGUUUAAUGAACAUAAUCUGCUUUCCUCCUUGAGGCCUUACUCUGGAUAUAAAAUGGUCCAUGAGGUGUCUUUGGGCUGCAGCUCAGAGUUUUCAGCUUCUGUAAAUGACUCAGUCAGUUUCUUCAGCUCUAAAGCGUACUUGUCUCUGCCAGCGUGGGAGGUUCCACAGGAAGGCAUGUUCGAGUGUGAGAUUUACAGCUUAGCUGAUGAUGGGCUUCUCUUGUACAGCUCUGCGGGGAAGGGGGACUAUGUGGCUUUGGAGAUACGACACAAGCGCCUUGUUGCUGUUGUUAGAAUAGAUGGUAGUAAGACAGCUUUAAGCUCAAUAACAGAUUUGAGUGAAGAAAAUUGGCACUUAGUGAGGCUGUAUGUAGGUUCUCGGGCUCUUCAGUUAACCAUUGGCGAGGAGAUCUUGAAUUCCAGCUUUGCAGCCAAAUCCAGGUCUCUCCAGAUGAAUGGACCACUUUUCUUGGGUGGGGUAGAUGCAAGCACAAUUUCAGAAGUACGUAGAAAUGGUUUGCUCUCGGUAGUAUCAAAGCACAUCAGUGGAGGCUCAAUUAAAGGCUGUCUGAGAAGUAUUAGAGUCAAUGGACAGAACAUGGGUCUGGCCAAUGCUUUGGUGACCAAAGACGUUUCUGUCGGUUGUGAACCUGUGAAGCACGUCAAACCCAUCAACACGGACAAUCCAGAGACUCUUCAACAAGAGACUUCUCAAUUUGACAAGACGAAGGCUCAGACCUUUUUACUUCUCGAAGAUCUGGAGGUCCUUGAGGGUGGACGAGCGCCACUGGAGUCAAAGCACAUCAAGUUGAACCUGGAAUUCCACAAGCUUGGGAUCAGGCAAUCUCAGAUCAUGUUCCGCAUGGAGGAACAGCCGGUCCACGGUGAGCUGAGGCUUGAUGUUGAUCCUGAUCAACAUGAAAAUACUUUUAGUAUUCUGGAUCUGUGGCAGGGUCGGAUAAUGUAUGUUCACGGAGGCUCAGAGGAUUGUCAGGACUUCUUCAUGUUUUCUGUUUUCACCACCAGCACCAAUAAAGAGGUGCCAGUUUAUCUGAAGGGGAGCCACUUGUACAGGUUUAACAUCACAGUCAUGCCUAUUAAUGAUGCCCCAGAACUCAGCCUCCCAGAAGGAAAUCUAUUUAUUCUCCUAGAGAACUCCAAGCGUCAUUUGAGUGUGGACAUGCUAAGAGCUACUGAUCCUGAUAGUAACUACACAGAACUGGUAUUCUGUCUACUCGGUAACCUGAUUGCAGUUGCUGGAUUCCUGGAACUUGCAGAUAAUCCAGGAAAACCCGUGACCUCGUUCUCAUACACAGACCUAGAACAGGGGAAGGUUAAUUUUGUACACAAAGGCAUCAAGAACUCUAGAAUGGCCAUUAGAGUGAGUGAUGGUGAAAAAGUGAGUAAUACGGUCGUGCUGAGAAUUAUGGCCGUCACCCUGGAGUACAAAGUUGUAAAUAACACUGGCGUGGAUGUGAUCCAGGGUGGAGCUUCUCCCAUUGGUGGUAAACAUUUAGCUGUGCAAGUGAACGUGGCCAAGCAACCUAUGGAUAUCCGGUAUGAUGUCCUAGACCCGCCUGUCUAUGGUGAGCUACAAAAGCUACAUUCUAGCGGUGAGUGGAGGCAGGUUAGCACCUUUACACAGAAACUUCUAGAAAAGGAAAGACUCAGGUAUCUUAGCACCUUUCACGGUCCCCAGCCGAAGAACUUAUCUGAUCUCUUCAAAUGCAAAAUCAGCCUAGGCUCUGUGUCUACAGACGAGGUUCUCGUUCAGAUAAGGGUCCGAUGGAUUCUUUACAAAGUCACCAGGAGUAAAAUGGAAGUGAAAGAUGAUCGUAAAGUCACGUUGAAGCCGCAGGAAUUUAGAAUAGUCUCGAAAAAUGUGAAACUCUCCGAUAAUGAAAUUCACGUCCGCUUGUUGACUUUACCAAGGAGAGGUAUUUUGCUGUUCAAUGACAAGACCCUAAAAAAGAACUCUACUUUUAGCCAAAUGAACAUUACUGACCAAAAAGUGCAAUACAAGCUUUUUGAAAAGCCAAACAAAGACCUGAGGGACAUGUUCAGCUUUCAGGUGUUUUCAGAAUACUCUUAUUCUGGUAGACAUGACUUUAGGAUCAGCAUCAAAGCUGAUGUUCACAGUGUAGUUAUGAGAAAUCAUGGACUUUCCCUCUUAGAAGGGGAGAGUAAGAUAAUAACCAAAGACAGUCUUUUCUCAGAGACUUUCAGCUCCGGCGUUGUACGUUACACCCUCAAAAGCAGACCUCGACAUGGGAAAUUAAUUCGGGUCAAUAACUCCAGCAGCGUUAUCAUGGAGUUUACAAAUCAGGACAUUCUGGAGGAGUGCAUCAUGUACGUUCAUGAUGAUAGCGAAACAACACGCGAUGCAUUUACGUUUUGUGCUUCGGCAUCGUCUCAGAAGGACUUCGAAGGCAUUUUCAACAUCUCCAUCCAGUUAGUGAACGAUCAGAAACCUGUUCGCGUUGUAGAUAAAGUCUUUCACGUCACACGGGAUGGUCAGAGGCUCCUGACGUUAGAGGAUCUCUGUUACCAUGACCCUGAUUCAGACUACGAUGACAGACAGCUUCUUUAUACCAGACGAGGAAUCUCGGUGGGACAACUAGUGUUGGUAAACGAUACCUCGCACAAGCUUUAUCAGUUCCAUCAAAGAGAUCUGGAGGAAAAGAGAGUGCUGUUUGUCCACAGUGGCAUGAGCUUUGGACGCUUUGUACUUUUCGUCUCAGACGGGAAGCAUUAUACAUCAACGCUGCUGGAGGUAAGUGCCCAGGAUCCGUAUUUAAAGGUAGCCAACAACACUGGACUUUUAGUUCAAAAGGGACAGGAAGUAAUUUUACAGUCAGUCAACUUCAGCAUUGCUACCAACACCGACGUCCGUAGCGACGAGGAUGUCCUUUUUGAGAUAUUUCAUCCUCCGAGUCAUGGGAUUCUCCUCUGCGAAGGCAUCGAAGCUGAUGCUUUUACACAGUACGACUUGAAGGCGGGUCAUGUAGUUUAUCGCCAUGACGACAGCAGAAACCUUAUGGAUUCUUUUAGCCUGACAGCAAUGGUAAAUGGGCUGCGCUUGGAUGUGACUGUGGCAGUGAAGAUGUACCUCGAGAGCCAUCAGAAACCGCCGCAAAUCAUCCACAAGCACUGUUUAGUGGUGGAAGAAGGAAAACCUGUUAAAAUUCACAAAAAGGAGCUCGAGGUAGUUCAUGAGGGUAACACACCGGAUGAGAUCACAUACACUGUGAAAACACCUCCAUCGCACGGCUUCUUGAGACGUUCUCAUGCAGACGGUGAGAACCGUCACAACGGGACCGUCGGAAAGUUCUCACAGUGGGACAUUAACGCCGGGCACAUCGAGUACGUCCAGGAGAAACACGGACACACCGGCGAUUCUUUCACACUCGACGUCACUAACGGGAUUGUAACAGUUAGCGAUCUGGUGGUGUUUGUGGAAAUCAUUCCUUUCUUCCUUCCACUCCAAGUGUCAAAUAUAACCUUGAAAGAGGGAUCUUCUAAAGCUCUAACUCAGGACGUUAUCAAGGUCACGGGCCGACACUUUACAGAACGUCAUGUCCAGUACCAUGUGAUCGAGGGUCCACAUCAUGGCCGUAUAGAGCACUCCAGGAUCCCUGGGGUUCCAAUCCCGUCUUUCACCAGAGUGCAGGUUGAACACGAGUUCAUUUCGUAUGUCCAUGAUGGCGGCGAGACGACGGCGGAUAAUUUCACGCUGGUCGCCAAUGACACGGAAGUCCGUAAGCAGAGCGUGCCUCAUGUUAUACACGUGAACGUCACGCCUGUAAAUGACGAGCCCCCGGUUAUAAAAGCCAACAGGAUCCUGAGGGUUUGGGUCGACUCGGUCACAGAAAUCACCAGUGAUGACCUCAGUGCUACUGACCACGACUCUGCCCCUGAGAGCCUGGAGUUUAUUGUCACUCCUCCUAGUAAUGGACACCUCGCCCUGAAGAGUGCCCCCUCCAGGCCGAUCCUGAACUUUACCCAGGCUCACAUCCACCAUCGGCAGCUGGUGUUCAUGCACAGCGGCCCCAUGUUUGGUGGAUUUCAUUUCCAGGUGAAUGAUGGAGUCAAUUUUGCACCAAGACAAAUUUUCAGCAUCGCUGCUCGAUCUCUGACACUCAGCCUGGAGAGGAACCGUGAACUCAAAGUGUUUCCAGGUUCCUCAAAAGUCAUUUCUGUUGAAGAUUUGUUCAUUUCCACUAAUGACUAUGAUGAUGUUCACGAGAAUCGCAGCGUCGUAUAUUCCGUCACCUCGCCUCCGAGACUGGGCAGGCUGAUCAGGACCCAAGACGACAAUUCCACAGAGACAGCGCCGAUAUCUAUAUUCACUCACAACAUGUUAAAGGCUGGUUUGGUGACGUAUGAACACACUGAACCAAUAGCAUGGACAGCAACAGACUCCUUCAUCUUUUCUGCAUCUUCUCCUCCUGCUUUCUUUCCACCUCACAUUUUUAACAUAAACAUCUCCUAUGAUAACACAAGUCCAGAGCACAGGAGUGUCCUUCGUGCCAACACAGGUGCUGUAGUGGUGGAAGGCAGUCGGAUUAUGAUCGAUAAGUCGAAGCUGGAUGCUUCAAAUCUUUUUGGGAAGCUACCGGAAGAAGAACGGGACUCCUAUGAAAUCUGGUACCGAGUCAACACGCUGCCACGCUUCGGGACGAUCGUUGUAGGAGAACGUAACCUGUCCCAUGAGAAACCUGAUUUCUCCCAGUUCAUCCUCAACAAAUAUGGAAUCACAUAUGUGCACGAUGACUCGGAGACUACCUUUGACAGUUUCAGUUUUGAUGUGUGGUUAAAUCUUAUAGGGAAACCUCUUCAGCCAACCACUGCGAAGGACCUUAUGGUCUCAGAGACUUUUAAUAUCACUGUAACACCUGUGAAUGAUCUGCCUCCCUUACUUAAAACUCAAGCCCCGAGUCUCUUGGUGGUCAAAGGAGACACUGUAACUCUGGGUCCUGAAAACCUUCAUGUGGAAGAUCUGGACACUUUGCCUGAAGACAUCCACUACACUGUGAUCAGCAAGCCGAACAACGGCUUCCUGGCUCUGGAAGGUAGCCUAAAUGAAUCAGCUGUUACGUUUACCCAGGCUGAUGUGAAUGAGGGAAGGGUGCACUUUGUUCAAGAAGGGCAUCCCUCCUCAGGAAUAUUCUACUUCAGUGUAACAGAUGGCUUCCAUCGUCCACUCUAUAAGCUGUUCAACCUUGAAGUUCAUAAUGUCACAGUCAACAUUGUAAAUAAUACAGGAUUGACUCUGGUGCAAGGGCAGACUACAGGAAUCUUGACACUUCAGCACUUGGCUGCAGUGACCAACAAGAAAAACACAACCAUAAAGUAUUUCAUUACGACACCACCAAAUCAUGGCAUGCUUGUGAUUAAGGAAGACCAGAUCACACACUUUGACCAGGAGGAACUUCUGUUCGGGAAGGUUUCGUAUCAAAUGACGGACUUAUCCUCCUCACAAGACAGCUUCGAGUUCACUGUUGUUACCUCUGAAAGCAACCUGACCAAUAAGGUGUUCAAUAUCACGGUGAAGCCGCUGAUUUUCCUUGGAAAACAAGUACGUAUCCCUGAUGGUAUUCCUGUUAAAUUAAGAAAGGAUGUUUUAGAUGCCACAGAGCUGGCUUCCAUCAGUGGCAGUGACCCGGUCUUUGAAAUUAUUGUUCCUCCAAAAUAUGGGAAGCUCGUAAAGGUAACGGUGAACCUCGGCGGUGCAUCAGAGUCUAUAGAAUCCUUUACCUUUAGGGAUGUUGAACAAGGCAGAAUUGCCAUUCAGGAGCACCUUAACUCUCUAACUGUAUAUGGCAACACAACAGCUGUCGAGCAUAAAACCGCAUAUGUACUUGAAGACUCCUUUGUUUUUAUUUUGAAAGCGGCAAAUGUUCAGCCUGCUAGAGGAGAGUUCGUUUUCAUGGUCGUACCCUAUGAUCCAGUGACAGGAAAACAUGUAGUUUCAGCAGCUCCAGGGCAUCCAACCAUACAUCCUGCUUUUAACAGAACAAGCAAUGUUGUUUUACACAUGAAUGAGCCAUCGCACACACACCCAACCAAAAGGCCACUCUGGGUACCUCCAAAGACCAAGACAAGAAACCGUUCAGGAAACCACACACGAGGAAAAGGCACAGUUCUUAAUGCACCCAAGUCCACAUCAGGAAGACACAAUGGUCCUCACAGGAACACACCGUUCAGGGUAGAGACUUUUCCAAGACCUGCAUCUGAUCCUCUGCUUAUUAUUCUACCGUUCCUGGCCUGCCUGUUUCUUAUCGUCAUCCUAGUUGUUUUAAUCCUGGUUUUCAGGCACAGGCAAGAGAAACUGGCUCAGCCUUCUAUGAUCCAAGACCUGCCAGAGAACUCUAUUGAGGACAUUGCGUCUCCAAGCCCUUAUCUGGGACAGCCUGAGAGAAGUCUAACUGUUCCUUCUGUUGUAGUGACUCCACUUAUGCCAAGGUGUCCUAGAAGCCCUGUAUUAGAGGUAGUGCACAAUGGGGCCUUGGUACCAGCAAUUGCACUCCCUGACUCUGAAAUGCUUGUCUGUCCAUGGAAUCCUAUGGAUCCUGAGGGAACACCGCAGUCCUCUCCUGGUACACCAACUCUGAGACAAAAUCAGUACUGGGUUUGAAACAUUGUCUUUGACCAUAGAAUCAUCUGGCACAUGGGAUGGGAUGCCAGUCCAAGUAGUGACAAUUUAGAGUAGUUAUGGGGAGGUGGGAAUAAUCCCAUGGAGUGAACUCUCUGUCAUGCCC